GUGGAUAUACCGUGGAUAAGCUGCCUCGCAGUCGCAGCCAUAGCUAGAGACUGGUAUAGAAUUUGCUCUCCUCUGCCUCCAAUCUCUUCCCCCGCCGUUGUCUCCGAGAGCUGAAAGCAAAUGGCUGCCACCGCGACGAAGCCGCCGACGGUUGCUCUAUCCUUCUUCUCCUCCUCGCUCUUUGCCUCCUCUUCCAGGCAUGAGAUCCCGAAGCUCAUUUCGGUCUCUAAUCGAAACUCGAAUUCUACUGCCUCCAAAUCAGCCGCCAAGCCUCUCUCCAUCUCCUGCCAAGUCGCAACAAUCCCGAUUCUGUCAUUCACCGGGGAGAAGAUCGGAGAGACGUUCUUGGACCUGAAGUCCGCCCCGCCGGAGACGGCCCGCGCAGUCGUCCACCGCGGAAUAAUUACCGACCUCCGGAACAAGCGAAGAGGGACGGCCUCGACGCUGACCCGGGCCGAGGUCAGAGGCGGCGGGAGGAAGCCGUACCCGCAGAAGAAAACGGGCGGGGCGCGUCGGGGAUCCCAGAGGACUCCGCUCCGCCCGGGAGGAGGGGUUGUGUUCGGGCCGAAGCCCAAGGACUGGUCAAUCAAGAUAAACAAGAAGGAGAAGAAACUGGCGAUGUCGACGGCGCUGUCGAGCGCGACGGAGAGCAUGAUUUGCGUGGAGGAGUUCGGGGAGAAGUUUGAGAAGCCGAGGACCAAAGAUUUCAUCGAGGCGAUGGCGCGGUGGGGGCUGGACCCGAAGGAGAAGGUGAUGUUCCUAAUGAUGGAUGUGAGCGACACUGUUGGGCUGUCGAGCAGGAACAUCGGCACGCUGCGGAUGCUGACGCCGAGGACCCUCAAUCUGUUCGACAUUUUGAACUCGGAUAAGCUGGUGCUGACGCCCGACACCGUGGAUUUCUUGAACGGGAGGUAUGGAGCGGAGUACAGCGAGGAGGGAGAUGAUGAAGACGAGGAAGGCGGAGAGGUUGAGGAACAAGAAGGCGGCAUUGAAGGGGUUGAGGUUGUAGCUGCAGAAGGAAAUGCUGAUGCUACAAGUUAGGUUUUGGUAAUGGUAUGAUAUCACCAUACAUAACUGUUGUUGAAUCCUCCAUGUACCAGUUUUCUCCAUUCUAAGCAACAAUGUGCACUCAAUCUGUUGUUUGUUUUCCCGAGAGAAAUGCGGCUAAUUAUGUAGUCUAUAAAAUGGUUUGAUUUU